CUCUCCCUCUCCCCCCACCCUCACCCUCACCCCCACCCCCACACACAGACAUAGACAUACAACUUCGAGUGGUGUGUGGUGGAGAUGCAGCGACCGACGACAGCGCCUGCAAAGGUGGCGUUGGGCGGAGGAGUGGGUCGGCAGAGUGGCCGGCCAGGCAGUGCGGCACCAAGGCCCGCAGGCAGUGGUGAAGGAGGUGUUGAACGAGGAGUGACUGGCGGAGGAAGAGCAGGGGGGAGAGGCAUGACAAGUCCUGGCCCCUCGCCGUUGGGGAGGACGUCGAGCGGAGGGAGAUCAAGUCGGAAUGGACGUACCGGCCCGGUCAGGUCGCGGAGCCGGACGGCGAGCCGGCCGGCAACAGCGAUGACGGGGCGAACAAGGUCAUCGACGGGCAAGAGGAGGUCGACAGGGAGAAAGAAGAAGCGCGGGCGGAGGAAGAAAAAGCCCAAGCCUUGUCCGCUCAUCAUCAAGCGCGGGAAAAAGUUCAAGGGCAAGCACGUUCCGCCAGAGUCGGAGGAGCAGGCGGCACGACUGGCUAAUCGCGACGGUGCCCCGUGCGCCAUCUGUGCUCAAUGGUUGGCUGAUCGGGUGGCGCUCCGCGAGCAGGCAGCGUCGAUCAACAGACUGGAGACCGAGCUGAGCGAGACCAAGGAGCGGGCGGGGCAGGAGAAGGCGGCGAUGCGGGCUGCCGAGGCCGAGGUCCGCAGCGAGCUGGUCAAAGAGCAGCACAAGAGCGUGUCGCGGCGGGCAACGCUAAUGCGGCUGCAGGAGCAGAUUGAGGCGCUCGAGCGCGAGCGCGACGAGCUUGUGCGCGACCUCGGGACGGCUGACAUGCUCUCUAAGCGAGCAAAGAAGGAGUAUGUGGCGCUGCAGGUCGAGCAGGAGCAUCUGUGGAGCAAGCUCGCGGCGUCACGUGAGGAGGCGCGCAACCUCACUGGUGAGGUGAAGAACCUCAAGAUCCACAACGCCACGCUUGAGCGUGAGCUCAAGACCGCGCACGCUGUCAUCGAGUCGGCCGACACGAAGCGAGUCGACAUCGACCAGGCGCUGCAGGACUCGCUUGCUGCCAUCCGCGAGCUGCAGGCCGAGCUCGAGGCCGAAAAGGCUGAAAAAGCGGCACUGAAGGCCGAGUACGCCACUCAGGUCAAGCGCAUUCCGCAGGCGUUUUACUCGCCGGCGCGUGCGCGCGUCGGCUUGGUCAAGAGCCUCGGCGAAAAGUCGCGCGAGCUCCGCCGCCACUAACUCGUUUCCGGGAA